CACACAACAGUUUCACUGAAACUACACCACACUCAGAGAUCUAGCCUGUGCAUUUCCAAGGAGAAAUCAAAAUGUCUCGACGCAGCAGUGUGACACACCAGAAUCAUUACAGCUCUCUCGGAAAGUCCCAGAGAUCUGAGUCCUAUGGAAAAUACAGCAACCCCAGAUCCGACAGCCGGAACAGCCAGCAAAAUGUACUCUGUGAUUUCUGCCUGGUGAAAAAGAUGAAGGCUGUGAAGUCCUGUCUUACAUGCCUGACCUCAUUGUGUGAGACUCAUCUGCAGGCUCACUAUGAGUACCCAGCACUGAUGAAGCACAAGUUGGUGGCAGCAACGGGGCAGCUGAAGGAAAAGAUCUGCGCCGAACAUGACAAACUACUGGAGGUCUUCUGCCGCUCUGAUCAGAUGUGUGUCUGUGUUCUGUGCAUCAUGGAUGAACACAAACAACACAACAUUGUUUCAGCUGCAGCUGAGAGGACAGAGAAACAGAAACAACUUAGUGCUAAACUGAUGACCUCUCAGCAGAAGAUUGAUGAGAGGGUGAAGAAGUGGCAAGAUCUGAUGCAGGCUACAGAAUCUCUAAAGCACUCAUCUCAGAGUGUGUUGGAGGAGAAUGAGAGAAUAUUCACCGAGUUGAUGCAAGCUCUCGAGAGGAGGUACACUGAUGUGAAGGAGAUGAUCCGAGCCCAAGAAACAGCCCUGAUGACUCAGGCUGAGAGACACCUGAGUCAAAUGGAGGAAGAAAUCACGUUAUUGAGGAUGAAACACAAUGACCUGGAGAGGCUUUCUCACUCUGAAGAUCACAUACAUUUCUUACAGAGCUGGCAGUCUCUUUCUGCACCUUCAGGAUAUGAGGACUUGUCCAAAGUGACACUGGCCCCACUUCAUUCUUUUGAUAAAGUUAAGAAAGCCAUCUCUGAGCUUAAGGUGCAGGUAGAAGAUGUAAGCAAAGGAGAACUGAACAAGAUCUCAUCUGCAGCAAGAGAAGUAAAAAUUUUGCAGAUUCUGGAUCCAAAAACGAGAGAGGAAUUUUUACAGUAUUACUGUCAGCUUUCUCUGGAUCCUCUAACAGCUCACCCAAACCUUCACCUGUCCAAGGGAAACACAGUGGUGAAGAUGGGCAGUGAACCCAACUCAUACCCUGAGCAUCCAGAGAGAUUCGACUACUGGCAGCAGGUGCUGUGCAGGGAGGGUAUGACUGGCAGCCGAUACUACUGGGAGAUUGAAUGGAGUGGUACAGAAGUGGACAUAGCUGUAACUUACAAGGAAGCAAGCAGGAAGGGCAGUGACAAUGUUUGCAGCUUUGGCUGGAAUGACAAAUCCUGGAGUCUGUACUGCUCUGAGUCUAAGUGCACCUUCAUGCACCACAGUAAACGUACAUCCAUACCAGUGCCCAUUUCUUCAAAAAUAGGAGUGUAUGUAGACCACAAGGCUGCAACACUGGCAUUUUAUAGUGUCUCAGACACAAUGACUCUCCUCCACAGAGUACAUACCUCAUUCAUUCAGCCACUCUAUGCAGGGUUUGGAGUCUGGGGUUAUGGAAGUACUGUAAAGAUACUGUAAAAAUGUUUUAUAUAUUUAAAUACACUGAGAAUAUUUUAUGAAAGUCUUUAAAUUGUUCAGUGUAAAACCUUCUCAUUCAAAGGACAUGCCUAUUUUAGCUGUGUCAUCUUAUAGUUUUAACUACUGUCUUUCAGUUGUAGGACUAACUUGAAAGUAAUAGGGAGAAAUGACUAAACAACUAAAGGAAUGAAGAUACCACAACUACUACACAAAAACCACUAGAUGGUGAUAUUCUAUUACUUUGUUAAUGAUUUUAAACACCAAAAUUAAGUUCAAAUAAAUUAUUGCAUUUCUGA